GUCCUCCGCUUCUCAAAAGAAGCUCAUUUUACCUCAUUGGCAUGAGCAUUUAGUUAAAAUAAUACGUGAAAGCAUCUUAAACUGGUUGGACAUCACACUAGGGGCAUAGGGACAAAGGGCAAAGGAAAUUAGGGGGUUGGCAGGGGAAGCCGAAGUAGGAAUUUGUGACCAAGGGAGGCUGUGGGUCUUAAAUCUGGCACUCAACGCUGCCAAAACUCUCAGGCACACCAGCAGAUGCUCAGUGCGAUAUGUGAUUCUGAUCAGUGUGUGAGCAUGGCACUGAUGGGCUUUGUUAUAUAAUUCCAUCAGUUUCAGUUGUGUUCAGUGAAGGAAGCCACUUGGUAGAGAAGCAAUGACAGCAUAAAUCAUCAUGGGUAACCUGCUAGCCAGUGUGUGGGGCUCCCAGAGUGUUGGGUCAGGGGGCAGCAAGCGGAAGGUGGAAGAAGUGCUGGGAGAGGAUGAGGAUUUACUGGACCUGCAUUCAGUGCUGCACACACCAAAGAAGCGAAAGUUUAACUCCACUUCCAAAUAUAUUUAUAAGACCUUGUUUGAGGAAGGUCGAGCCUCUGAUGUCACUGUAGUGGCAUUGGGUACAGAGUGGCAUCUCCACAAGGUUUACCUUUGCCAGAGUCCAUACUUCAGCAGCAUGUUCUCAGGCAACUGGUCUGAGACAAAUCAGUCCCAAAUCAACAUUGAAAUUCUUGAUGACAACAUUAAUAUUGACGCCCUUCACUUGGCUUUGGGUCAGUUUUACAAGGAUGACAUUGAGGUUGAGGCAGCCCAGGUCAUUCCUUUGCUGGCCACUGCCCUUCUGCUGCAAAUGGACCCACUCAUUGAGCAGUGCACUGGCAUCAUGCUGGAAACCAUCAAUUUACAGACAGUGCUGCAGUACCAUGAGGCUGCACGAAGGUAUGGUGUGGUGGAGGUGGAGAAAGCAUGCAAGCAGUGGCUACUACACAACCUGCUCACUCAGGUGACUGAGCACCCAAGCACUCUGCGCCACAUUCCUUCAGACUUGAUGUACGAGUUGCUUUCUUCAGCACAUCUUUAUGUCAUGCAAACAGAAUUUAGCAUUUAUGUAAUGCUCAAGGCAUGGGUGUUCCUGAAGCUAAAUCCAUCCUGGGAAGGUUCACAUGAAGUGGCAUUUUUGGAGGCUCACAAGUUUUUUAGGAACAGAACUGAAUCUGGUUGGUUCUUGGAGGCAGAAGGAAGAGAGUUCAGCAUGGUAUUUACAGCUCUGCGUAUUGUGUACCUCAUCUAUCAUCACUUGGAUGUGGAGAUGCUCUACUCUGACCGUAUCCUACCUCCUUCUUGGCUCACUCCAGCCAGCAUGCACCAAUGGUAUAACAUGCUGAGAAUUGAUCAAGGAAAAGAUAGAGGCCCAAGUGAAAUUCCAGAAGAGGAGUUUGAUAAGUCCUGCACACGAUGUGGCAGAGUGUUGGCUAACUCUGGACAGCAUAUCUGGAGGUGGACUGGAUUCAACUUUGGACUGGAUUUGGUCAUGACUCAUGAUGGAUCUGUUUUAACUCUUAAACGAAACCAUAGAUCAGAGUACAAUGCUCAGCCUCCAAGACGCUACAUUAUGUACAGAGUGACAGUGGCCUCUCUGAAUGAACAGAAGCAAGUGGUGUAUACCCAGACCACUGGUGUGCAGUCAGCCUCAUUAGUCAAGAAUGAGGAGAUACGUGUGAUGUUGCUGGACCCUGAGGUCAAGUACCCUCUUCUUUUGAGUGCAAAUUUCCUCAUCACAACAAACCAACCUCUUAUGGCUGCCGGAGGAGACAAAACCAGUCCUGUUGCUCCAUCACUCCCAGGACCAGGAACAUUUAACGAUUCCUGUUUGCAGAGAAUAGCACAGUAAUGGAAUAGUCAGUCAUUCAUGCAUUUAAGUUCAUCUUAAGUAGGAAGUAGAUUUUUAUAAUAACUUUUUGGUCCUGACAAAAAUUAUACUUGUGCCAAACUUCAUUAUUUUAUGUAAAUGAUCAUUCUUUUCACAAAUUUUGUACUUUAAAAGGGCUUGAAAUUCUUUAUGUUGAAAAGAAAGUAUAAUUGAAUCUAACAUGAACCAAUCACGUUAAUGAUAAACACACACACUAGAGCUCUUUGUGUUCAUGCCUCUUAGGUGAAGAGACCUUCAUUUGGUUGAAAAAUGUAAAAUAGGUAGAGAAUGGUGGCCAAACUUCCUGGUGAGAAUUACAUAAUUAAAUACAUUUGCAAUUCAAAUAGAAAUUUUGCUUAUUUGUAUUUUUUUUUUAGAAAAUCUGAACUUUUCACCAUUCCAAGGAUAGUUGAAGUUCACUAUUGCUGAAUUCAUGGAUGUAAGGGGAUGACGGAAGAGUAACAGUGUCAGGAAAUAACAGAGGCCUAAAUAGUAAAAAGAAUGAAUUGUAUUUGAGAAUAUUGCCAUUUUUUUCCUUUUAAUAUGGAAAGCUUAAUUCUUUUUGCUAUUUAGGAUAUAUAUAUAUAUAUAUAUAUAUAUAUAUAUAUAUAUAUAUAUAUAUAUAUAUAUAUAUAUAUAUAUAUAUAUAUAUAUAUAUAUAUAUAAGCAGCUAUAAGCUAAAGAAGAUUAAUAUAGAUACAGAGCCAAAAUAAAAUGAGCAAAGCUCAGACUCUAUAUAGUAUGUUUAGAAAGUCACUACAUACUCUCAAAUACCUUAUUUUGAAUUUACAAGAUUUAUCAUUCAAAAAUUAAGUUUGAAGAAAAAAGGGUGCAAAAGUAAACUAAGGAUUGUCAGAUGUUUAACAAAUAAAGAUUUAUUUUUGUACUGAAAUUUUACUUUUGUCAUCACCCUGUACAAAAUGUGACGGAGAGACUUAGAACAGAGAAAACUAAAUAGUAUACAUUUAUAGUCGAGUCUAAAAGAAAUGACACACACACACACACACACACACACACACACACACACACACACACACACACACACACACAUACUAUGCCUGAAUGAGUAAAGAGUUACACGAGCUUGCAGAUGAUACAAAAUUGCAGACAUGAGAAACAACAAAGACUAAAAUUCUACAAGAGGAUUUGAAAAAAAUCUGGGACUGGAGUAAGAAAUAGGAGAUGGAAUUUAACAUGAAAAAAAAUGUCAUUUACUGGAAAUAGGAAAAAAAGUGGAAAGAAACCAAAAUGGACAUAUAAAAUGGAAAAUAAAGAAAUAAUAAAAGUACAAGAUGAGAAAGAUGUGGGAGCAAUAAUACAGGAUAGUCAACAGUUGGAGAAGCAUCUAGAAAAGAUAUUCAGAUACAUAUAGAAUGGUGAGAAAUACUAGAACAACAUUCCACUACAUGGAUAAAGAUAUGAUGAGAAAGAUAAUUACCACUAUGAUUAGACCAAACCUGGAAUAUACUGAAUCAGUGUGGUCUGCCCACAAGGAGAGAGAGAGA